AUGCCUCUCCUUGAAGACAAACAACUCAAGAUCAUCAUUGCCGGAGCUGGUAUCGGCGGUCUCACCACUGCACUGUCCCUCCACGCAGCAGGCUUCACAGACAUCCACAUCUUCGAGGCUGCUUCAAACCUCACAACCCUAGGUGUCGGUAUCAAUGUCCAACCCUCAGCCGUCUUGAUCCUCAGAAACCUUGGUCUUUUGCCUGCACUCAAGUCGACAGCCAUUGAAACCAAAGAACUGAACUUUUACAACCGCCAUGGAGAUUCCAUCUUGAGCGAACCCAGAGGCGAGAGUGCUGGUUACGCCGUACCCCAAUUCAGCAUCCAUCGUGGCGAAUUCCAGAUCUUGUUGUUGGAUGCUGUUAAAGAACGUGUAGGCGCUGAUCGCGUGCACCUAAGCCAUGCACUAGUCAGUUUUGAGCAGGACGAGAGUGUGCAAGGAGAUAGUCCUUCUGGAACAAUUACAGCACGCUUCGUACGCAAGGGCGACUUGGCUCUGCAGCCAGAGAUCCCGGAAAUGACGGGCGAUGUCUUGAUUGCAGCUGAUGGUAUCAACAGCGUGGCUCGUAAACUCUUGUAUCCUAAUGAAGGCCCACCUCGCNNUUUUUCUGGCCGCAUCCUCUGGCGUGGAUGUCAUGAGCAGGAGCCUUACUUGACUGGAGCAUCGAUGGUUUGGGCAGGCCACGCAGAUCAGAAGUUCAUCGCGUACCCUAUCUCAGGUACUUCGAUGCGCAAAGGCAAGAGUCUGGUCAACUGGAUUGCCGAACUGCGUGUUCGUGACAAGGAUGAUCCCGAUCUUACUCCUCCCCCAGUAGACUGGACAAACACAGUACCCAAGUCGAAAUUCGAAGGACCAUUCCAGGAUUGGCGUUGUGGUGGUUUGAGAAUGAAGCAACUCAUCGACGACACACCAAAGGUCUACGAAUUCCCCAUGAGCGACCGCGAUCCCGUAGACCGCUGGAGUUUUGGCAGAUUGACACUGUUGGGUGAUGCCGCACAUGCAAUGUACCCCAUCGGUAGCAACGGGGCGUCACAAGCCAUCAUCGACGCGGAAGCACUUACCAACUGCCUAACCAACAANCCCCGAAACAUAUCUCUGGCCCUGGAGCAAUACCAAGCCAUCCGCCUGCCACCCACCGCCAAAAUCGUCAUGGCAAACAGAGCAAAUGGCCCUGACCACGUGCUUCAACUCGCUCACGAACGUGCUCCCGAUGGAUUCAAGAACAUCUAUGAUGUUAUUUCCAAAGAGGAGUUGGAGGGUGUGGGCAAGCAGUAUAAAUUGAUUGCCGGCUUCGAGAUGGAUGCGGUGAACAAGAAGGCGCAGGAGACGGAAGGAGUGGCCGAGAAGGCAGGACUGAAGAGUCCUGUCAAAUGGACUGUGACUGGCAAGAGCGGAUGA